AUGGAUUUUUUCAAGAAACUCAAGGAUGAAGUCAAAGAUCUUCUGAAUGAUGACGACGACAAGAACAAAAAGGAGAAUGACAAGAAGAAGGAAGACGAACACACCAAAUGUGGGAAACUCCCAGGAAAUUUAUAUUCCUUUAAUGUUCAAGAGACAGCUGACGCGUCCUGUCUAGCGCAAUCAACCGAUCCCAAUCUUUACCAGUCUCCUAACCCUUACCCUCAGCAGCAUCAAUAUGAUGGCCAACCGCAGUACCCCCAUGGUCAUCCGCAAGAUCCUUAUGGUCAACCACAAGACCAGCAACAGCCUUACGGUCAGUAUGGUGCUCCGCUUCCGCCCCAACCGGGAUAUGGUCAGCCUCCAUCCGGCCCACAGCUCCCGCACGGCUGGAUCUCACAAUGGGACCCCAACAGCCAACGCUACUACUACCUCGAACAAGCCACUGGUCGCACACAGUGGGAGCCUCCCGCUCCUCAAUGGGGGGUACCUAGUCCACCCCCCGGUCCACCCGGAGCAGCAUCUGGCUUCUAUCAGAACUACGGCCAGGCUAUGCCUGUCGUUCCACCCGUAGCUGGCCAUGAUGAGCAUGCUAGGGACUUCUAUGGUGUUGAUCCCGGCAAGGAAAAGGGUAAGGAUAAGGACAAGAAGGACAAGAAGGACAAGGGUUCGGAUACUGGCAAGCUCGUGGCGGCAGGGGUUGGUGGUGCUGCACUUGGAGCUCUUGCAGCUUCCGCUUUGUCAGACAGCGACGACGACCACCACGGUGCAAGCGCUGCCCCGUAUGGUGCACCACCCGCAGGUGGUAGCUAUGGGGGCUAUGGUGCCCCACCACCGGCUGCUGCACCGCCGACGGAACCUCCGCUCGAGUAUAAUCCCGAACUCUCAUCGAGUCAGCGUUCUUCGCUGCAAGAAGCUCGUGAGGACCUCGAAGAAGCCAGGGCCGACGCUGCCGACUCCGAUGCCUCGAGCAGUGACCUGGAGGAGCUUCGUGAAGCUGAGGAGGAGUAUGCCAGUGAAGUCGAAAGUGCGCAUUCUGAGUUGGAGGAUGACUGA